AUGUAAUUGCUGUUUACUCAACAUGGCGUCUGCAGCUGGUGCGCCUGGUGGCUAUGAAGUGGAGUUUGUAAAGCCGUUGAAAAAAGAUCUCGAGUGUCCCAUCUGCUUGCUUGCUCUCAGAGAGCCUCUACAGACUCCGUGCGGUCAUCUCAUGUGCAAAAGCUGCGUGGACAAAAUCACAAAAGAUGAAGAGUUUAAAUGUCCACUGGAUAACAAGGUGGAGAAGAGAAGUGAGGCUUUUUUGGAUAAAAUCCACGAGCGUAAAGUUCUUGGUCUUAAAGUGAAGUGCAACAACCAUGGAGAUGGAUGUGCAUGGAUGGGAGAGCUGCGUGAUCUGCAGAAACACGCAGAUGAUGGAUGUGAUUUUGCUCAAGUUUAUUGUGAAUUUCUGUCUGUUGGAUGUUCUCACAAGAUGAAGAAGAGAGAUGUCGGAGAUCAUAAAGACAAGUGCAGCAAAGAGCAUCUAGAUUUGCUCCUAAAGAAUGUUGAUGAUCUGAAAGCCCAGAUUCAACGACGACCUUCUGAAUCUUGCAAGUUCAUAUGGAGAAUAGAAAACUGGAGCGAAACCCUUGAAAAUGCCAAAAUGAAAAAAACAACAAUUUUGUAUAGCAGUGCUUUCUACACGGGUUAUCCGGGAUACAAAUUAUGCAUGUGUAUCCAACCGGAUUAUGAAGGAGAAGGUCAUGUGGGUGUGUAUCUAAUCAUUAUGAAAGGUGACUUUGAUCAUCAAUUGCAGUGGCCGUUCCCUUAUUCCUAUAGACUAACUGUCAUUGACCAGCAGCCUGAUGGAAACAAUGUGAGCGUGCUGUUUGAUCCAGCAGAGGCAGGAGCAGAUGCACAGGAAUGCUAUGAGAGAAAAACUUAUCAAUCAAUGAUAGGAUGGGGGCGUGGUAAAUUUAUUAGUCACUUGGAUUUGACAAAAGAGGCUUACAUCAGAGAUGACUCUCUGCUUUUAAGAGCAGAAAUUCUGAUCUGAAAUGAGACAUCGAUCAAUAUUCAUUGAUAUUUUAUCAUUAGCUCGAUCACUACAAUUGUGUAGUUUAAUUGUUAUUACCAGUUGUGCAUUGUUUAAGUGCUAAACGUGCUUUUUCAUGGAUAUGUCAUUUGACAUGUAAACAGUU